AUGUCAAAAUUUGUAAUACCUACAGCCUUAAAAGAAUUAAGAUUUCAUUUAUCCCAAAAUGAUAAAACAUCACAACCAUUAAAAAACUUUUUAGUUAAAAAUUAUUCCAAUUUAAAAACUCAAACAGAUUAUAAAUUACCUAUUUUAAUUAGAGAAAGUUUUGGUAUAAAGCCUAGUGUUACUGUUAGAUUUGAAAAGGGAGAAGAAAUAAAGAAAAGUUUGGAUGGAUUGAGUGAAGGUGAAGUUGAAAAAGCUUUGAGUGAAGUAUUGAAGAGAUAA